AUGAUUUCUUUUGAUGAAAUUCUUGAAAAAAAUAUUAAAACAGGUUGGUAUUAAGCAAGAACUCUUUCCAUUAUAGGAUUAUAAGAAUUUUGUGCAGGUCUUGAAUAUCUAUUUAUGUCAAUCCUUAUGACUAUAUUAAAAGAGGAAUGGAAUUUAUCAUAAAAUUAAGUAGCAUUAUUAAGUUCAAUUUUUCUAUUUGGAAUUGUUUUAGGUAAUUUUUUAUGUGCUUUUUUGGCUGACAUAAUAGGAAGAUAAAUAACAUUUAUUAUUUUCUCUGGAUUAUCUGUUAUUUUGAUUUUCUAUACAAGUUUUUGUGAUACAUAUAAGGAAAUGCUAAUUUUACGAUUUUUAUAUGGAUUAACAUUUGGUACACUUAAUCCUCUAGGUUAUGUUUAUGUAACAGAAAUUACUGAAGCUAAAUAUAGAGGUAGAUUUUCUUAUGCUCUAACUUUAAUUUAUAUUUUAGGAAAAAUAUACUUUGUUUCUUUAUGUUUUAUUUUUUUGGAUGAUUAUACAUCAGGAAAUUGGAGAGGACUUAUUAGAUUUAAUGGAAUUCCAAUAUCUAUUGCAUUUAUACUUUCUAUUUUUUAUUUGACUGAAACUAUUAGAUCUCAUUUGAGUAAAGGAGAAUAUGAAAUAGCUAUUAAGUUAAUUGAUUAAUAAAUUACAAUAAAUGGAAAUAUAGAUUUAUUAUUAUGUGAUUCUGAAGUAUAUUUGUUAAAUAAUAAAGAAAAAUGGUUUAAUAAGUUGGUCUAAGUAAUAAAAAGUAGAACUUUUAUAACAAGAAAUCAAUUUAUAUGGCAUUCUAUCAUAAGAAUAUAGAAAAGUUACAAUACUCUUAUGGAUUUUAUACAUUUUAACUAAUUUUUAAGAAAUGACAAUCUUUCUACUUUUACCAUUUUUAUUAUAAAAUAGUAAUUCUGGAUUUCUUCCUAUGUUUGCUUUGUAUAUAAUAGAAUUUAUAUUUGCAUCUAUUCUUUAUAACAUUAUAGAUGAUACUAAAUAUGGAGGAAGAAUAAAAAUAAUUGCAUAUUCAGCAAUAACUUUAAUAUUUUCAAAUGCUAUAUUAUUUUUGUUUAGGGAUACAUUUUUAUAUUUAGCUUUAUUCUUAACAAAAAUUGCAACCAGAGGUUUAUUUGCAACCAUUUGUAUCAUUUGUUGUGAAAGUUACCCAGUUAAAAUUAGAUCUUAAGGUUAGGGGAUAGCACAAGCAAUAGGUAAAAUAGGAGUACUUCCAUCACCAUAUUUAUUGAUACCACUUUAUUUUAUAGAUCCAUAUCUACCAUUUGCUGUGUUAUUCACUUUGGCAAUAGUUAUCUUAAUUGUAGAUUGCUUUUUUAAAUAAGAUAAAACUCAAAAACAUUUAGAAAUUCUCAAAAAUGAGUGA